AUGAGAAUGUAUGCCGCUAGAUUGUACCGUUAUAAGGCCAUAAAUGUCAGUACCGAUGAAAAGAAAAAUAUGCACGAUCGGCAUUCGUCAGAUUCCGAUGGUGAUAAUAAUAAUAGUUGUGAUAAGGGGGUGCCGAUAAAUGUGAAUAAUAAAGAAUUUUUUCAGGUAAACAGAAUGAUCAGGGGCUAUCCAAAUCAGUUGCAAGCUAUUGAACGUACAAUCACGUUUCAGAGUCUUGAGAAAAGUGGCCUUGUUAGAGAGAUAACGUCUGUCGAUCGCGAGAAUAAAAAUUCGAGUGAGGACGUGGGUGAUCGCGUUGCUGAUAAGCUCGUAGAUUCAAAAAAUAACCAGCCAAGUGAACAACUUAUUGGGAAUUCAAGGCAGACUGCGCGCAAUCGACUUAAUCAAUUUCAUUACAGAGGAAACAAUAACAACAACAAUAAUAGCAGCGAUAAUAUUAAAAAUAAAUCGCAUAAUUAUCCAAAUGAGUUGAUAAGUUUCUUUAAUAAGGAGAAUUUUAAACAUUGGAAUAAUCGCGAUAACAAACGAAAAGAUCUCGGUCCCCAGAAAGUUGUUCUCCCAGAAGAAUUAACAUUUAGUAUAUUCAACCAAACUAAAACACAAAAUAACAGGUUCGUGCCAGUAAUGCCUCCUGAAUGUAUUGGAGAUACGUUAUGUAAUUAUGCUCCAAAUUAUCCAACAGACGUUGUUAGAGAAGUAAUAAAGAAGAAGAGCUACUUGAAACGAUUCGCAAGUGACAGAAAACCUACGAUGUUAGCUCAGCGUAUAAUAUCUGUUAGGAAUAAAGCUUCGUAUAAUCUCUGCGAUUCGUCGAAAGCAUGGUACUUUCCAGAAAUGGGGACGACUAUUAAUGGAGAGAAUAAAUACAUUCUGCAAUCCCCAGAUUUGUAUCAAUGGUUCGAAGCUGAAGUUUGCAACGAAGAAAGACUUCCGUGUCAAAUACUUCCAAUAGAAACAAAAAACAUCAAUACAGUUUGCGUACAGAAGUGGAUGACCCAUCCGUUUGCGUGUUUAUCACACAUAGGUGAGGGAGAAAGAGAUUGGUUCAACAUAAAAACAAAUUGUUGCUGUUAUCUUGAUUAA